CAGUGAGAGCGCGGCGACGCGGAGAACAAGGCACAGGAGGGGACACACAGACUCUGCUAGUUGUGUCUUUACUCAGCGCUGGCAAAGCAGGCUGCCACGUGGGACCGUAGAGUCGCGGACCCAGGAGAGGUGACAGGAGGGCCGAGCGGUGGAAGUACAGGGUAUGGGCCCGUCGCGCUGCGGCGGGGAGUGAAAGCGAGACUGUUGAGCUCUGGCUUCCACCCCAAGGCUCACGCGCCAGAGAACACCACCCUGUACGCAUGACUGCCAGGUGGGACAAGCGUCCCAUCGGGCCCCGCCUGUCAUCGAAAGGGUGCUGUGUCUUUGGUUUUAGCGAAUCAAAGCAGCAGCAACUACCUCAGCUUCUGCCGCAAGCUCCCCCCACCGUCCUACCACUGGGCUCAACGGGGCCCCACACGUCAGGCUCUGUACACCCCACAUUGACCACCACGCCUCUGCCUCCACCUGCACGGCUUUCAAAGCACAGUUCACCGGUGGACAGCCAAUGCCAUGUAGGUCCCGCUACAACGUGGUCCCACGAGACAGCGCGUAGCGUGGGACCCACUCUCACGACAAGCACGCUUAUCAAUGCGGGGGAGAACCCAUCCAUCUUCCCCAAGGCGCCUUCUCCUCCCCCAAACUCACCAUCCGCCAUUGCCACUCAACAGCAGUGCUACACUACACAGCGAGCUCCAUUGCCGCUGCCUCGCCUACAGACUGCAGAACGCAAUGGCGGCGACGCCACGACACCAGGCUUCCGGCGCCGUCCUCCUCCUCUUAGCGACGCUGCUGCAGCUCCUCCUCCCGUCGCCAGCGGCGGCGACGCUGCACCCGGUGGACUACCUGGCGCUCCAAUCAAUCCGCCGCGCGCUCUCCGACCUCCCGGGCUCCAACUUCUUCGCCUCCUGGGACUUCACCGGCGACCCCUGCGCCUUCGCCGGCGUCUCCUGCUCCUCCUCCUCCUCCCCCACCACCACCUCCCGCGUCGUCUCCCUCUCCCUCGGCGACCCCCGCGCCGGCGCGCCAGGCCUCACGGGGGCCCUCCCCUCCGCCGCCCUCUCCCGCCUCUCCGCCCUCAACUCCCUCUCCCUCGUCCCCGGCCGCGUCUCCGGCGCCCUCCCCCCAUCCAUGUCCUCCUCCCUCCGCUUCCUCGCGCUCCCCGGAAACCUCAUCUCCGGCCCCCUCCCUUCCACACUCCCCCCAAAUCUCCGCACGGUCGAUCUCAGCAAGAACUCCCUCUCCGGCACAAUCCCCCCCGGAAUCCUCCAAAUCCGAUCCCUCCGAACCCUAAUCCUCUCCCACAACUCCUUCUCCGGCUCAAUCCCGCCGUCCAUAACCUCCCCGCUGAUCCACCUCGACCUCCGCGGCAACCGGCUCUCUGGGGGGCUCCCGCCGCUGCUACCGGGGUCCCUGGCGUACCUCAGCCUGGCCGGGAACAAGCUCUCCGGCCGCGUGGGGCCGGCCCUGCAGCGGCUCACCAGGCUCGCCUUCCUCGACCUCGGCGGGAACUGGUUCUCGGGGGAAAUCCCCGGGGAGCUCUUUUCGUUCCGGGGCAUCAUGUACCUGCAGCUGAGGAAGAAUGGAUUCUCCGGCGAGCUCCGGCCGGCGGGGAAGGUGCCUGCGGGAGCCACCGUGGACCUCAGCCAUAACGCGCUGUCCGGGCGGGUCCCGCCGGAGCUGGCGGCGGCGGCGGCGGUGUACCUGAACGGGAACAGGUUUGUGGGGGCAUUGCCCAGGGAGGUCGCGGCGGCGGCGGAGGAAGGGAGGAUGCGGGUGCUGUUCUUGCAGGAUAACUUUCUCACGGGGAUUGGUUUGAGGGGUGUGCCGUCGAGGGCCGCGGUCUGCGCGCACUGGAACUGCGUCGCGCCGCCGGCGGGGGUGGUGGCGGCGUGCCCGGCCAAGGGCGGCAGGGGCCGGCGCCGGCCGCCGGCGCAGUGCGGCGGCCGGAGGGGGUAGGGAAGGGGGUUUAAGGCUGGGUUUAGUUUAGUGGGUUAGUGGUGGUCUCAUGGCUUAUGAGACGGGUGAAUAACAGGUAUUUUUGGUGUAUAUGAUCAUACGGCUGUGAUUUUGUCAGGAGUAAACGUGGACGGUGGAUCUGGUGUGUGUUUUGGUGUUGGUGGUUGCGAUUUAUUCCAUAGGAAGACUUUUGUGUAAAGAAAUGUUGGGUUCUGCUAGUGCUAUGUCAUUUCAGAUCAAAUUAGGGCCAAAUUGUUGCUACAUUCGAGCCUACAUGGUUGGAAACUUGGAAUUUGUAAUGGAUUCCAUCUUGUAUUUGCAAGUUGAUGUUGCAAUUUUUGUGCAAGUUCGCUGAUUCAGGCUCA